GUGACCGGCAUAAUUUUGGGCUACAAAUUGCAUUAAUUGAGAAGUCGUUUCUCCUUCGUUUUUUUUGAGCAAGGCUUCACUGAGAGCGACGACGACGACGACGACGCCAAGCUGAGUUUUGUUUCUUGUUGGAGGAGUUUGGGAAAAUGGAGAAACGCGUCACAAUUUUGAUGCCGAAUGGUCGGCGACAGAAUGUCGGAGUUAAGCCCGACAUGACACUGCUGGAGAUACUGGAGACGGCGAGCGGCAAGCAUGGCUUCGACAGCGACGAACAUUGCUUGAAAUUCCACAACAAGGAGCUCAGUUUGACGCAACAAUUCCGCUUUAGCGGACUGCCCAACAAUUGUGUGCUGGAAAUGGAGACGACGGAGAAACGACGCACUCUGAGCAACGUUCUCGUCUGCAUCCAGUUGACGGACGGUACACGCAAACAGGGUGAAUUUACACCCGGCAGCAGCGUUUGGCAUGUGGUGCAACAAUUGUGUUCGGAACAGAUUGAGGCUUAUGCAAGUCCCAUUAUCAUCUAUAUGCGCAGCGAGGUGGUGGGUGUGGAGCGUAUGCAGCAGACGACACUCAAAUCGCUGGGCAUCAUCGAGGGACGCGCCAUUAUGCGACUGGUCGACAAGAAGCCGGAGGAGCUGAAGACUCAGGCCAAUGUUUAUAAGCCACCUUCAGAGGCGAAGUCGAAGGCAGCUGAUGCUGACGAUCAGCCCAGCACUUCACGCUCGGCCAUAGGUGGUGCUGGUGGUGGUGGCUUUGCCCUCACUAAUGAUAUGUUGAAAUCGCUGAAGCGUUCAGCGCCCGCCGAGAAAUCAUCAGGAGAGAAAACAGAUGCUGCAGUUGAGGCAGAGAAAAGCGCUGAAGCCGAGCAGCCCAAAUAUGAUUGGGGCAGCAGUUCAGGUUACACGCUGCAUAAGUCCAAAAAGGAUGAUCAAAACGAGGACGACGACGAUGAGGAUGAGGAGGAAAACGCUGGGCGACCACCACCAGUGGUCAAUAUAAUUGGACCACGAAAUGCCAUACUCUUUUCGUUGGAUGCCGCCAAUCGGCACAAUGAUGAUUUGCCCGAUUCAUUUUUCGAUUUGACCGUCAACGAUUUGAAGAUGGUGUUGCGGGACUUAAAGCGCACCGCAUCCGGGACCGAGGAUGCCCCGCUGCUCACAGCGAAUUUGCGUGAAUUGAAUCGCCAGACGGCGAUGCUGGCCAAACUGAAUCAGUACAAGGAUUGUGUGCUGCGUAUACAAUUCCCUGAUCGCAAUGUGCUCCAGGGAAUUUUCAAGCCGCAUGAAUUCCUUGCCAAGGUGGAGGAAUUUGUGCGUGGCUUUCUUGCCACGCCCAGCGAAGAGUUUCAAUUGUUCACCAUUCCGCCGAAGAAGGUGUUGCCGCCUACAGAAACACUGCUGGAGCUGAAUUGUGUUCCAAAUGCUGUUUUACAUUUUGCAUUUGUGGAGGAUCGUCUGAAUGCGGAGACGAAUUGUUUCCUGCAGGACAAAUACCUGACACAGCUGACCUCGGAGGAGGGCGCUCUGUUUGCGGUGCAAAAGUAUCGCAUCCACAAAGCCAGCGUCAGUUCCAGUUAGUCUACUUGUCGUCUGAGUUAGAACGCCCUUAAGCGAACAUUUUGCGUGAUAUUAAACAGAUUCGCUUAUUAUACAAACUGAAAAA